AUGAAAUUCAUUGUCUAUGUGACCCUCUCUAUAUGCUGUAUUGUGGUGGUUGCAUCUGUAAUACAAUCAACAUGCAAGAUUCAAGAAAUAUUUCAACUAAACCAAUUGUACAAAAAAGGAGAUGUCAUAUUGGGUGGUCUGUUUGAGCUAACAUCUAACAAAAAAACACCUGAUCUUUCAUUAAGUUCAAAACCUGAACAAUGGACAUGUGAAGGGAUUGACUUGGUUGUUUUCCAGUGGGUACAGAUAAUGAUUUUUGCAAUAGAGGAAAUCAACAAAAAUCAGACGCUUCUUCCUAACAUAACUUUGGGAUACCAAAUAUAUGACAACUGUGCAAUACUUCCAGUGGCUCUCAGAGCAGCAGUUUCAUUACUUGGGGGCCUUGAAUACGUCAUAAGUGACGAAGAAUGCAAAGGGCGUCCUCCUGUUCUUGCCAUCAUUGGAGAUCCUGCAUCUACAAACUCAAUUGCAAUAUCAAGAAUAUUAAAACCUUUCCAAGUACCUCAGGUCAGUUAUUCAGCUUCCUGUUCCUGCUUAAGCAAUAAGCAAGAGUAUCCAUCAUUUUUCCGAACUAUGCCAAGUGAUGCUUUCCAAGUCAAGGCAAUUGUUCACAUUGUUAAACAUUUUGGUUGGUCAUGGAUUGGAUGCAUUGCAAGUGAGGAUGACUAUGGGCAGAAUGCUAUAAAAAGUUUUAUAGAGGAGGCUGAAAAGUUUGGCUGCAUUGCCUUUAAGGAAACUAUUCCAAAAACUAACGGCGUACAAGAAAUCUCUCAAAUUAUUAAGAUAAUUAAGGAGUCAACAGCUAAAGUUAUUGUCAUAUUUUCAGCAGAUACUGACUUCAUGGACUUGGCACAAGAAAUUGUUCGCCAAAAUGUAACUGGAAAGCAGUGGAUUGCUAGUGAAGGUUGGAGCACAUCGACUGUUUUAACCGUACCAGAAAAUAUGAUCACUUUGGGAGGUACAAUAGGAAUAGCCGUACGCAGAGGAGAAAUCUCUGGUCUACAGUAUUUUCUUCUUCAAGUCCAGCCUGAUUUUGCUUCUAAUAAUCAGAUUGUUAACAAGUUCUGGGAAACAAUGUUUGAAUGCAAAUUUCAGGACAAUUUGUAUGGAAAAAGUCAAUUGUUAUUAUUAAGUGGGGAUCAAUGUACAGGGCACGAGGACUUGAAAACCACUAAAACAGCUUAUAGUGAUGUGUCUAAUUUAAGGGUAGCCUACAAUAUUUAUAAAGCAGUCUAUGCUCUAGCUCAUGCACUUCAUUCUUUAUCAUCAUGUGAAAAUGGCAAAGGACCAUUUGAAUACAACACUUGUGCAAGCAUUGAAAAUGCUCAACCUUGGCAGCUGCUACAUUAUUUGAAGGAAGUCAACUUUGUUAACCAAUUAGGAGAACGAGUGGCUUUUGACGAAAAUGGAGAUGCACUUGCUAUUUAUGACAUAAUAAACUGGCAACAACGGGACGAUGGGACUAUAAACAUAAAAGCCAUUGGGGUUUUUGAUGAAUCUGCACCUGUUGGACAGGAACUUCUGCUGAAUAAGGAGAAUAUUUUUUGGAACUUUGAAUCUGGGCAGAUUCCCAAAUCAGUCUGUUCUGAAAGUUGUCUACCUGGUUUCAGAAAAGCAAUACGGAAAGGACAGCCAAUCUGCUGUUUCGACUGCAUACCUUGUGCAGAUGGAGAAAUUAGCACUGAAAUUGAUUCUGCUGAAUGUUUAAAGUGUUCAGUGGAUUUCUGGUCAAAUGAGGGAAGAAACCAAUGCAUUUUGAAAGAAAUUGAGUUCCUGUCAUAUGAAGACGCGAUGGGAAUAACACUAACUACAACUGCUUUAUCUGGCACCUGCCUUUCAAUUGGAAUUUUAAUGAUUUUUAUCCAGUAUCGAAAUACUCCAGUUGUCAAAGCCAAUAAUUCAGAAUUGAGUUUCUUACUGCUAGUAUCACUAACGUUGUGUUUUCUUUGUUCUCUCUGUUUUAUUGGGCAGCCUUCUCAUUUCACAUGUGUAUUCAUGUAUGCUAUUUUUGGAAUUAGUUUUGUGCUCUGCAUUUCUUGUAUUCUUGUAAAAACCUUGGUUGUAAUAAUGGCUUUUAAAGCAACACUGCCUGGCAGUAAUGCAAUGAAGUGGUUUGGGAUUGCCCAACAGAGAGGCACGGUGUUCUUUUUCACUGCUAUUCAGUUGUUAAUAUGUGUCAUAUGGCUAAGUAUAAGCCCACCCUUUCCUAGUAAAAACACCAAAUAUCAAAAUUCCAAGAUUAUUCUGGAGUGUGACAUUGCUUCCUUAUUUGGAUUUAGCUGUCUUCUGGGGUAUAUUGGUUUAUUGGCUUGCAUUUGUUUUAUUUUAGCCUUUCUUGCAAGAAAGCUACCGGAUAAUUUCAAUGAAGCCAAAUUCAUUACAUUCAGUAUGCUCAUCUUCUGCACAGUUUGGAUCACUUUCAUUCCAGCGUAUAUCAGCUCACCGGGCAAAUACACAGUGGCUGUUGAGGUUUUUGCAAUUUUAGCUUCAAGCUUUGGUAUUCUUUUUGCAAUAUUUACGCCUAAAUGUUAUAUCAUUUUGCUUAAACCAGAGCAAAAUACUAAAAAAGCACUAAUGGGUAGGUAA